CUGGGUCAUCAGGCAUUGGAUCGUCUGGCUCGACAGCGGGCAUCGGGUCACCAGGUAUGACAGCGGGCACCGGGUCAUCAGGUACCGGAUCGUCUGGCUCGACAGCGGGCAUCGGGUCACCAGGCAUGACAGCGGGCACUGGGUCAUCAGGCAUUGGAUCGUCUGGCUCGACAGCGGGCAUCGGGUCACCAGGUAUGACAGCGGGCACUGGGUCAUCAGGCGUGAUAGGAUCAUCAGGCUGGAUCAGCUGGGGUAGAGACAUCAGGCUGAAGUGCGGGUGCCGAGGCACCAGGCUGAACCACGGAAGGCAGGUUCUCAGA